GAGGAGGAAGGAGAUGGCAUGGCUUACCAUAAAGAAGCACAGAUGCCAGAGCCAGGCUCCAGGACCCAGGCACCCAGAGGUCAUGAAGCUGGGAUUCAUCUGUGGUCUUCUUUCUCUCCUGGCAGGGAACAGCUGGGCAGACACCAGAGCCAUCGGGGCUCAGGAAUGCCAGCCCAACUCGCAGCCUUGGCAGGCCGGCCUCUUCUACCACACUCGCCUCUUCUGCGGAGCGUCCCUCAUAAGUGACCGAUGGCUGCUCACGGCUGCCCACUGCUACAAGCGGUACCUGUGGGUCCGCCUUGGGGAACAUCACCUCUGGAAAUGGGAAGGUCCAGAGCAGCUUAUCCGGGUCACGGACUUCUUCCCCCACCCUGGGUUCAACAAAGACCUCAGCGCCCAAGACCACAAUGAUGACAUCAUGCUGAUCCGUCUGCCCAGGCAGACAUACCUGGGAUCUGCUGUGCAGCCCCUCAACCUCAGCCAGACCUGCGUCUCCCCAGGCACCCAGUGCCUCAUCUCUGGCUGGGGGGCCGUGUCCAGCCCCAAGGUGCAGUACCCACUCACGCUGCAGUGUGCCAACAUCAGCAUCCUGGAUUCUAAACUCUGCCAUCGGGCAUAUCCAGGCCACAUCUCCAAAAAGAUGCUCUGUGCCGGCUUGUGGGAAGGUGGCCGGGGCUCCUGCCAGGGUGACUCUGGAGGCCCCCUGGUUUGCCACGGGACCCUGGCGGGUGUGGUGUCUGGGGGAGCAGAACCCUGCUCCAGACCUCAGCGCCCCGCUGUCUAUACUAGCGUAUGCCACUACGUGGACUGGAUCAGGAAGACCAUGGAGGACAACUGAGCCCUCGUGCCUUGGAGCCCUCUGCCUUGGACGACCAAGGAGGAGGGUGGGCACAGGGCAGGGGGGAACUGCAGGGCUCCAGCCUCAAUGGUCUCCAGCCUUGACCUCAGGUGUCCUGGAGAAGCCUUCUGGAUUUUAGGCUCCACCCCCUUCGGAAUGGAGCAGGGAGGCACCUCCACCCAAGUAGCCAGGUCUCUAUGACGUCACCAAGAACUGUUACCACCUCAAGUGGAACAUCAUCACCUGGUGGCUCGGCCCUAGGUGGGAACUUUGGCCAAUGAGACUUCCCCUGUGGACUCCGCCCUGUGUGGCCCCGCCCCCGUGACGUCGGGGGCGCGAUGGCUUCUCCCACUGGAAUGCGGGCAGGGUCUGGCUCCGCCCCUCACGGCGGAGCCAGGGUUUGA